CACACAACAUCCGCCACGUGUCAUAACCACAAUCACUUAUCGCAUUUCUAUCUCCUCUCAUAUUACAAGACCACACACAAGCACUUGGCGAGAAACAGAGAGAAGAAAUGGCUGCUUCAGUGAUGCUAUCAUCGGUGACGUUGAAACCGGCGGGUUUCACGGUGGAGAAGAUGUCAGCGAGAGGAUUGCCGUCGCUCACAAGAACUUCAUUCAAAAUCGUCGCGAGCGGUGUCAAGAAGAUCAAGACCGACAAGCCCUUUGGAGUUAACGGCAGCAUGGACUUGAGGGACGGCGUCGACGCCUCCGGCAGAAAGGGCAAGGGAUACGGUGUUUACAAGUUCGUUGACAAGUAUGGAGCUAACGUCGAUGGAUACAGGCAGUGGCGGAUGCAGGAAAUAAUUUUUGGCCCCCGUCUCGUUACAUGUGGCUCCGCCACUGGAUACAGUCCUAUCUACAACGAGGAGGAGUGGUCACCAGGUGGUGAUGUGUACAAGGGAGGAGUCACUGGAUUGGCUAUUUGGGCGGUAACACUCGCCGGAAUUCUCGCCGGAGGAGCUCUUCUUGUGUACAACACAAGUGCUUUGGCUCAGUAAAAAAAUCUUCAAAACAUCAUCAUGUUUCUCUAUAUGUUUUGUGUUUAUUGUUUCUCUUCUCUGUACUGCUCUGAACAUACACUUUGAAUUUUAUAAAGAACUCUAGUAGUGUUUGUGUAAUAUCCAUCUGGUGUACAAAAACAAGAAGUUGAAUACAGUUUUAUAGACUGAA